AUGAGCAUGCUAGUGAAACUCGCCACCGCGUUUUUGGUAGUCUCAGGGGCAAACGGAAAGGACUUCGACUCCUGCCUGAUGCAGCUGGCUGCAAGCCCGACUCAGGCUACAACCGUCGAGCGGCCGCUCGCGGAUACCUAUGCUCAGUCCUGCCAGUCAACGAAUUAUGGUACCCAGCAGGUUUUGGUCACCAAGCGCUACUCCGACGGCUGGUGCGGUACUCGAUACUCGUUCCUGCAAUUCAGCGUUCCUUGCGAUGCUCAGGAUGCAACGCUCCUGCUGUGGCCGACUGACUAUGCUGCUGGUACCUUUCCAAAGGUGGCCGUCUUCACGGUGCAGAACGCGUGGUCGGAAAGCACCACUAUUUGGUCCAACCACCCUGGUUGGCAGGAGCAGGUUUGCGAUUAUCAGGCAUACCCAGGCCCAGUCGGGCAGGCGUUCGCAUGCACCGUUCCACAGGCGAAACUCGCCGGUAAGAACACCAUCUCGUUUGCGUUGGUUGCAGAAUGGAUGUGGGCGGGGGGGGCAGUAGUUCUUGGUCUCGCGAAGCCCUCGACGAGAGCACCAGACCGUCGCUGGUGUUCCAGUGUCCUACUGCAGCACCCACGACGGCCCCGACGAGCAGCCCGACCUCGUCCCCGACGCCCAGUCCGACGAGCAGCCCGACAAGCAGCCCGACCUCCAGUCCGACCGCGUCCCCGACGUCCAGUCCGACGAGCAGCCCGACCUCCAGUCCGACCUCGUCCCCGACGCCCAGCCCGACGCCUUCGCCGACUGCGGCCCCGACGAGCAGCCCGACCUCCAGUCCGACCGCGUCCCCAACGUCCAGUCCGACGAGCAGCCCGACCUCCAGUCCGACCUCGUCCCCGACGUCCAGUCCGACGCCUUCGCAGACUGCGCGUUUUGAUUUUGAUGGCGCCAGGCAACCAUGUUCUUAUCAACAUCCCUCGUGGAGAGCGCGCUGAAAAAGCAUUGCUUCGCGUGCAGGCCGAUGCACGCCGAUUGGGUAAACAGUGCACGGAUCUAUACUUCCAAGAUUUGAACGUGACCGGAUCUUGGGCAGAGGCAGAACAAGUCGGAGGUUUUCAUUACAGCGCAUCGCAGAGCGAGGUUGAGGCUCCUAAGUGGGUUAUUUUGGGUAAGAUAGAGCUGAAGGUCGUUCGCGGGCAUACGGACGGCCGCACGUCGUACUUGAACGUGUACGUCAAGCAUUUAGGCCGAGCUGGGUUUGCUGUCGGAGGUCUUCUAGGCGAGGACGACCACAGCGACGCGAGCACGCCAGAGGCUGGGUGCGUGGAACUUGUGGAUCUACAGGAUCUGCAAACGUUUCGGACUGGCAGUGGCUCCCGACCAGUCUCGACUGCAGAGGCAACAUACGCUUAA